AUUAGUUAGGUAUUCGGAAUAAGCUGGCUCACAAUAACCAGAUCAUAUCGAUGACAAAUACACGUAUAAUGCAUAAUUGUUCAUUCAAACUUGAUAUUUGUAUUCCAUAGAUCUAUUCAAAAACUCAGUCUAAACUAGCUAUUCAUUAUUGAAGUAUGAACCUGUUAUCCAGUCCAGCUGUGCCUGGCGCUAAGAAACGGGAACAAGAGACAUUAAUUCUAUUGUACAUCACAGAAAUGAGCAACAGGAACAUGUACUUUUGUUGAAACAUAUACUACACCGACGGACAACGGGGAACCUACGCUCGUAAUCAUAUCAUAUCAGUCCAAAACUUAAGAUAUGGGUAAAUUAUUCGGCAAACGGGGGGUUUACCAUCUAAACCAUGAUAAUCCGGCGUUUACAAGACCAGAAUUCACGAAUACACUUGAACAAAGACCCAUAAGUAUGACUUCGAUACGCCGCAACAGAAAACGGGACACUGGUAAUACUCGUGGACCAGUACAUACAGAUUCAACUGGUGAUGAGGUUAAAGGAUCUGCAGAGUUCGAAAAGUGUGUAGAAUGUAUCAAAGCUGUGCCCGUUAUCUCACAUGAUGAAAUUGAUGUCGGUGAUCAUAUUACUUUUUCUAGAAGAAUGUAUGAUCACCACGGGAUUGUGACAGAAAAGCUAGGUACAAAAAAGAUCAAAAUCAUUGAAGCAACGAAAGCACGUGCAGGGGCAGGGUCUUCUUUCUGGGGUAAAGCUUUUAUCGAGGAAAAUUUGAAGACGCUUGAUUUCGUAAACGAUAGAAUUAAUGUUGUUGUUUAUCAAAAUCGCGUGUUUACAAAGGCAGAGGUAGCAAGGCGGGCGAAGGCAUAUUAUCUAAAGCAAACGGAAACACGUGAUUUUAACUACAAUAUUUUUAAAAAUAAUUGUGAACAUUUUGCGACGAGAUGCGUUACCGACAAGGCAUUCAGCAUACAAGUAGUGAAAGUUCGGAUGGUGGAUUUUGAUGGAAUAAGCGAUGAAAGAAUGCGCAAUGAGAAACUAUUCGAAAUGAAAUAUAUAUGCGGAAGAUGUUAUGAGAUUAACAAACGUCUCCUGUGCGUAAGCAUUACACCGAUUAAAUUAGUAGAUGACGUAAAGGCUGGUGACGUCAUCAGAUAUUUGUACUAUAAAUUACCGCACGAUGCAGUUGUUUUGGAAACUAAGGGCGCUUGCAAAACAUCAGUCAGACUAACUAUUGUGCAUUACGCUGACUUUGGGUUUCGCAGGUUCAGAACGAUAAUAGAAGAAACGAUAACCAUACGGUUCGACGGCAGUUGCAGAGUACUACAAUACGGGCCGCCGCAAUACGAAGUGUUUCCCCCAGAAAAGGUUGUUGAGAGGGCUAAAUCCCGUAUCGGUGAAAAAUGCUUUGUGUCCUUUUCGAAUAACUCGAGUCAUUUCUCGCGCUGGUGUAAGCUGCCACGAAAACGGAGACAAUCAGAAACCGAUACUCCGGACGAUCACUCGAUCAUUAAUUCCGAUCACUUGUGAGGAUAAGAUAUGUUCGGAUGCAUGUAUGUAAUAAUGUUCUGCAAAGUGUCCUUUUCGAAUGACUCGAGGCAUUCUCGCGCUGGUGUAAGCUGCCACGAAAACGGAGUCAAUCAAGAGUACAAUAAUGUUAACUGGUUAUUACUGAGAAUAAAGCGUGUUUUAGCACAUGUUUUGCCUUAGUGUUGGACUUUGAUCAAAGCCAGCAGUAUGUCAAUCCUGACGUACUUUAAGUAUCCUAUGAACUUCUAAAAAGGAGCUAUGUCUUGCAUUAAAACAAGAUGCUCGACAGGAAUAAUUAUUAGAAACAAUUUUGAAGAUUUAAAGUAAUGAUUGCCUGGUACUCUUUUUUAGAACUACGGGACACGACUCGACUCCAAACAGGAACUUAAUAUGAUUGUUUUACUUUCAAAAUAUAUUGCGUUUAAAGCUGCACUCUCACAGAUUGAACGUUUUGACAACUUUUUUAUUUUUUGUCUUGGAACGAGCCAAUUUUUGCGAAAAUCCAUGGAAACCAGUUAUAUAAGACUGCUGACAAAAAAUAGAUCACCGAUGUUAAUAUUUUAUUUUAAAAAUUGAUGUUUUAUGCAUUUUUUUUAAAACCGUUAGUAACGGUUUAAGUCAUAAAACAUCAAUUUUCGAACGGAAAUAUGAAUAUCUACGGUCUAAAAAAUUUUCAGCAGUCUUUUAUCACUGGUUUGCAGAUAUUUACGCAAAAAUUUGCGCAUUCCAAGCCAAAAAAUAAAAAAGUUGUAAAAAGUAAUUCUGUGAGAGUGCAGCUUUAAGUUGAUGUUGGUGUAACAAAAAAGUAACCAUUAUAGAAUAAUUACUGGACAUCAUUGUUUCAUUCUUCUAUUCGCUGAAAAUAAGUGUAUUGUAUUGUAUUGUACAUAUGUUUGUAGUACAGAUACAGUUGUUAACAUUGUGAUAUAGCUAAACCUAUCUAUAAAUAAUUAAAUAUGCUUCGCCAUACAUGUAUACAUAAGCUAUGGUAUUAUGUUAUGUAAUAAUUUGAUCAAGGGUCAUAUUGGCCUAUUUCAAAUAUGUAGUGUGUUGUAUGUUGCUUUUGAAUAAAACUUUCUUCUUCUUCUUCUUCUUCUUCGUCUUCUUCUUCUUCUUCUUCUUCUUCUUCUUCUUCUUCUUCUUCUUCUUCUUCUUCUUCUUCUUCUAUGUUUGUAGUAGGACCCUGGUCAUUAUUCUAUGGGGGACGGGGUUAUUAUAAAUGUGUUACACCGGCGCAGCAUAGGC